GUAAAUAAUGUGGCCGGCAUGGGAUCCAAUGAUUUCUCAAAGCCUCAAUCAAUAUUUGUCAGGCCCAAACAAUUCACCGUUCUCUGUUCCCUUCACCUUCUCUCUCUUUCUCUCAGCUAGGGUUUCUCGUCUCUGCUCGGAGAAUGGCUUCACUGGUCAGAGAAUGGGCUGGAAUUCAGCAGUUUCCUGCCGCCACUCAGACCAAGUUACUUGAAUUGCUAGGGAAUUUGAAGCAGGAGAAUGUGAACACUUUGACCAUCUUGGUGAUGGGGAAAGGAGGCGUUGGAAAAUCUUCUACUCUAAAUUCAAUCAUAGGUGAAAGAGUAGUUGCUGCAGGUGCUUUCCAGGCAGAAGCUCCAAGACCUGUAAUGAUCUCACGUUCACGUGCCGGGUUCACCUUAAACAUUAUUGACACUCCAGGGCUUGUUGAAGCUGGAUAUGUGAAUGACCAGGCCCUUGAUCUCAUAAAGAGGUUCCUUUUGAACAAGACAAUAGAUGUUUUGCUCUACGUGGAUCGCCUGGAUGUAUAUAGAGUGGACAACUUGGAUUCACAAAUUGUGAAAGCCAUUACUAAUGCUUUCGGAAAGCAAAUUUGGCGUAGAGGUAUUGUCGUGCUUACUCAUGCUCAAAUGUCACCACCUGAUGGGUUGAGUUAUGAAGAGUAUUCCAGCAAAAGGUCAGCCGCUGUGGUGAAGGUUGUUCGUCAGGGAGCGCAAAUGAAGAAAUCAGAAUUCAAGAGAACUCCCAUUCCACAUGUGUUGGUUGAAAACAGCGGAAGAUGCAACAAGAAUGAAAGUGAUGAGAAGAUCCUUCCAAAUGGAACUGCUUGGAUCUCCGAUCUUGUUCAGACCAUCACGGAGGUUGUAUUAAGAGGAGGCCAAAGUAUUUUUGUUGACAAGGAGUUGAUUGAAGGACCAAAUCCUAAUGAAAGAGGAAAACUGUUCAUCCCUUUGCUUUUAGCUUUCCAGUUCUUUGUUGUGAAACGGAUUGAGAAGGGCAUCAAGGCUGAUAUCAGGGGACGAUAAGACCGUUGUUAUGGAAGAGUUCGAUAAGUGUAAUAUCUCAAAAAUCUUUUGUACUCCCGGGUAGUGAAACUGUACGAUGUUCUUGAGUUUUGACUUUUGAGUGCUUUCGGAGCUUAGAUUGUCUUCUACAUACCUAACUAUUUGAUUGCUUUCUCAUUUAUUCUGUUUUUAAAAAAAAAUUGAGAAAUUUUU